UACGACACGAAGCUUUCAUAUCGCUACGGACCUUUGUGUGGAUACCCGUGUUUUCUUACUGGCCGUUUGUUUGUUUGAGAAACACUAUAAUAAAAGCGAAAAAAAUGUUUGGUUCACUUCACCAACAAGAAGAUAAACAUCCAAAGCGCCCCCUUCUGUCGGCGGAUGGUGUUGCAGCCACUUGUCGUUACAUUAGAGGCAAUCUUAACCAUUGGGAGAAAAUGACUGUGACCGAAGAUGCAGUGCAGGACCAGGCAGUGGGACCUGUUCUGGACCAAUCUCCUCCUAAAUGCUCCAGAGCUCCUGAGCUGGAAGACAGAGUGAUGGAGCUGGAGAGACUGCUCUAUGAGGCAAACAGAGAAUGUAAGCAGCAGAGGCUGUCUCACAUCAUUCUGCAAGCACAGAACAACAAGAUGGAGAAAAUAUUCCAACAGAAGGAGAUGCUUCUGGAGGCAUCUCUGGCUGAUGCCCAGCAGAAGCACCAGAAGGCUCUGGAGUCCAUCAUUCAGCUGGAGGAAGAGAAGUCAGAGCUGACAAAGCUGGUGAACACUCAGUUUUCCAGAGAGCUGGAGCAGGGAAAAGAGCUUGAUGAGCUACAGAAAGAGCAUGCGCAAAAGCAGGAGGCCCACAAUGCUCUGCUGUUGGAAAAGGAAGAGAUGGUGAUGGAGCUGACACGCAAAGAGGAAGUGCUGAAGGCAUCUCUGGCUGAUGCUGAGCUGAAGAACCAGAAGGCUCUGGAGUCUAUCAGUCAGCUGGAGGAAGAGAAAUCAGAGCUGACCAAAAGGGUGAACAAACUGCGUUCCACAGUGCAGGAGCUGGGAGAAGAGCUCUGUAACUGUCACUCUGAUAUUGAUGAGCUACGGAUAGAGAAUGAGCAAAAGCAAGAGGCUCACAGCACCCUGCUGUUGGAACAUGAAAAGUUGAAGAAGGAUUUGACACACACAACGGAAAUGCUGAAGGCGUCUCUGGCUGAUGCUGACCUGAAGAACCAGAAGGCUCUGGAGUCCAUCAGUCAGCUGGAGGAAGAGAAAUCAGAGCUGACCAAAAGGGUGAACAAACUGCGUUCCACAGUGCAGGAGCUGGGAGAAGAGCUCUCUUACUGUCACUCUGAUAUUGAUGAGCUACAGAUAGAGCAUGCACAAAAGCAAGAGGCCCACAAUGCUCUGCUGUUGGAAAAGGAAGAGAUGGUGAUGGAGCUGACAUGCAAAGAGGAAGUGCUGAAGGCGUCUCUGGCUGAUGCUGAGCUGAAGAACCAGAAGGCUCUGGAGUCCAUCAGUCAGCUGGAGGAAGAGAAAUCGGAGCUGACGAAAAGGGUGAACAAACUGCGUUCCACAGUGCAGGAGCUGGGAGAAGAGCUCUGUAACUGUCACUUUCAGAUUGAUGAGCUACAGAUAGAGCAUGAGCAAAACCAGGAGGCCCACCGCACCCUGCUGUUAGAAAAUGAAAAGCUAAAGAAGGAGCUGACAGACACAAAGGAAGUGCUGAAGGUGUCUCUGGCUGAUGCUGAGCUGAAGAACCAGAAGGAUCUGGAGUCCAUCAGUCAGCUGGAGGAAGAGAAAUCAGAGCUGAAGAAAAGGGUGAACAAACUGCGUUCCACAGUGCAGGAGCUGGGAGAAGAGCUCUGCAACUGUCACUCUGAUAUUGAUGAGCUACAGAUAGAGAAUGAGCAAAAGCAAGAGGCUCACAGCACCCUGCUGUUGGAAUAUGAAGAGAUGAAGAAGGAGUUGACACACACAACAGAAGUGCUGAAGGCGUCUCUGGCUGAUGCUGAGUUGAAGAUCCAGACGGGUCUAGAGUCCAUCAGUCAGCUGGAGGAAGAGAAAUCAGAGCUGAUGAACCUGGUGGCCACACUGCGUUCCACAGUGCAGGAGCUGGGAGAAGAGCUCUGCAACUGUCACUCUGAUAUUGAUGAGCUACAGAUAGAGAAUGAGCAAAAGCAAGAGGCUCAUAGCACCCUGCUGUUGGAAUAUGAAGAGAUGAAGAAGGAGUUGACACACACAACAGAAGUGCUGAAGGCGUCUCUGGCUGAUGCUGAGUUGAAGAUCCAGACGGGUCUAGAGUCCAUCAGUCAGCUGGAGGAAGAGAAAUCAGAGCUGACGAACCUGGUGGCCACACUGCGUUCCACAGUGCAGGAGCUGGGAGAAGAGCUCUGCAACUGUCACUCUGAUAUUGAUGAGCUACAGAUAUUAUGUGGUCAAAGCCAGGAUACCAAUAGUGUCCUGCUGUUGGAUUAUGAAGAGAUGAAGAAGGAGCUGACAGACACAAAGGAAAUGCUGAAGGCGUCUCUGGCUGAUGCUGAGCUGAAGAACCAGAAGGCUCUGGAGUCCAUCAGUCAGCUGGAAGAAGAGAAAUCAGAGCUGACGAAAAGGGUGAACAAACUGCGUUCCACAGUGCAGGAGCUGGGAGAAGAGCUCUGUAACUGUCACUCUGAUAUUGAUGAGCUACAGAUAGAGCAUGAGCAAACCCAGGAGGCCCACCGCACCCUGCUGUUAGAAAAUGAAAAGCUAAAGAAGGAGCUGACAGACACAAAGGAAGUGCUGAAGGUGUCUCUGGCUUAUGCUGAGCUGAAGAACCAGAAGGAUCUGGAGUCCAUCAGUCAGCUGGAGGAAGAGAAAUCAGAGCUGACGAAAAGGGUGAACAAACUGCGUUCCACAGUGCAGGAGCUGGGAGAAGAGCUCUGCAACUGUCACUCUGAUAUUGAUGAGCUACAGAUAGAGAAUGAGCAAAAGCAAGAGGCUCACAGCACCCUGCUGUUGGAAUAUGAAGAGAUGAAGAAGGAGUUGACAAACACAAAGGAAGUGCUGAAGGCGUCUCUGGCUGAUGCUGAGUUGAAGAUCCAGAAGGGUCUAGAGUCCAUCAGUCAGCUGGAGGAAGAGAAAUCAGAGCUGACGAACCUGGUGGCCACACUGCGUUCCACAGUGCAGGAGCAGGGAGAAGAACUCUGUAACUGUAACCUUCAGAUUGAUGAGCUACAGAUAUUAUGUGGUCAAAGCCAGGAUACCAAUAGUGUCCUGCUGUUGGAAUAUGAAGAGAUGAAGAAGGAGCUGACAGACACAAAGGAAGUGCUGAAGGCGUCUCUGGCUGAUGCUGAGCUGAAGAACCAGAAGGCUCUGGAGUCCAUCAGUCAGCUGGAAGAAGAGAAAUCAGAGCUGAAGAAAAGGGUGAACAAACUACGUUCCACAGUGCAGGAGCUAGGAGAAGAGCUCUGUAACUGUCACUCUGAUAUUGAUGAGCUACAGGAUGAGAAUGAGCAAAAGCAAGAGGCUCACAGCACCCUGCUGUUGGAAUAUGAAGUGAUGAAGAAGGAGUUGACACACACAACAGAAUUACUGAAGGCGUCUCUGGCUGAUGCUGAGCUGAAGAACCAGAAGGCUCUGGAGUCCAUCAUUCAGCUGGAGGAAGAGAAAUCAGAGCUGAACAAAAGGGUGAACAAACUGCGUUCCACAGUGCAGGAGCUGGGAGAACAGCUCUGUAACUGUCACCUUCAGAUUGAUGAGCUACAGGACGAGAAUGAGCAAAAGCAAGAGGCUCACAGCACCCUGCUGUUGGAAUAUGAAGUGAUGAAGAAGGAUUUGACACACACAACGGAACUGCUGAAGGUGUCUCUGGCUGAUGCUGAGCUGAAGAACCAGAAGGCUCUGGAGUCCAUCAUUCAGCUGGAGGAAGAGAAAUCAGAGCUGACGAAAAGGGUGAACAAACUGCGUUCCACAGUGCAGGAGCUGGGAGAACAGCUCUGUAACUGUCACCUUCAGAUUGAUGAGCUACAGGACGAGAAUGAGCAAAAGCAAGAGGCUCACAGCACCCUGCUGUUGCAAUAUGAAGUGAUGAAGAAGGAGUUGACACACACAACGGAACUGCUGAAGGCGUCUCUGGCUGAUGCUGAGCUGAAGAACCAGAAGGCUCUGGAGUCCAUCAGUCAGCUGGAGGAAGAGAAAUCAGAGCUGACGAAAAGUGUGAACAAAUUGUGUUCCACAGUGCAGGAGCUGGAAGAAGAGCUUUAUCAGUCUCUUUCUGGGAGUGAUGAGGGACAGAACGAGCAGGAGCAAAAUCAGGAGGCCCACAGUGCUCUGCUGUUGGAAAAGCAAGAGAUGGUGAUGGACCUGACACGCAAAGAGGAAGUGCUGAAGGAGUCUGAGCAGCAGCAACAAGCUCAUGUCAGAGUGUUAGCAGAUGAAGAGGACCACUGAACUGUAUGAAAAGGAGUUUGAGGAACAGCAAUAGACUUACACCACUGUCAAAGUCUAAGCAGAUGAAAAAGAGAAGCUAACACAAUAAAAUAAAUUGUUCAUAAUUUGUCUUUUCAUUGCCUUCUGUAAUGAAACAGCAGUGGCAUUAG